CCAAAUAAGGUAAACGUCGAGCACGUGCUUGCCAUCCGAUGACAUCAUAAGGAGAAAUGUGACGUUGAAGAAACGUUUGAAGAGAAGAUCCAAAAUGGCCGUCAACCCGGGGAUGUCAGAGUACGGAGAUGUCAUAAUUUCGCUAGAGAACUGUAUUUUAGACGACGAUCAUUUAAAAAAUACACCCUCGAUUAAAGAUGGUUUGGAUAAAGAAGUAGAAAUUGAUCUGCGAAUUGUAGGUUGCGAGUAUAUUCAAAUGGCGGGCAUCUUGCUAAAACUUCCUCAGGUAGCUAUGGCUACAGCACAAGUGAUAUUUCAACGGUUUUACUACAGUAAGUCACUCGUUAAACACGAUGGUGAGAUUUACUCUAUGGCAAGUAUCUUUCUCGCCGCAAAAAUCGAAGAAAGCCCAAGAAGAAUUCGAGAUGUGAUUAAUGUCUUUCAUCAUAUAAAGCAGAGAAGGAAUGGCAGGACCAUUCAGCCCAUGGAAUACAUGGGUAAUAGCUACUUUUCCCUGAAAAACCAAGUCAUCAAGGCUGAAAGAAGGAUAUUGAAGGAACUUGGCUUUUGUGUUCAUGUAAAGCACCCUCACAAGGUCAUUAUAAUGUAUCUUCAGAUUCUUGAUAGUCAAACAAACACACCACUAGCCCAGAAGGCCUGGAAUUACAUGAAUGACAGUUUUAGAACAAAUAUUUUUGUAAGGUACCCUCCUGAAACCAUUGGCUGUGCUUGUAUUUUUCUCUCUGCGAGGCAACUUGGGAUUAGUUUACCAACCAGACCACCCUGGUGGGAGCUGUUUGGUGCUAAAUUGGAAGAUCUCGAGGAAAUUAGUCUGACACUUUUGAGUUUAUAUAUGAGACCAAAGGCUAACUUGGAUACCCUUCAGAAGGCUGUCAGUGAAAUCCGCAAUGAACUGGCUCAGAAGAAGAGUGAGCAUCAAGCAGAUGGAGCCCAAGCAGCCAACAACUCGACUCCUAACUUGUCCCCUGUUGGAGGGACAGCAGCAGCUAGAGAUGACGCCAGGCAAGGGUCAAGGCCUUCUUCACCCAGCAGGGUGUCUCCGUCAUCUGUGGCUGGGAUAACGGAUGGUAAAAAGAAGAAGAGUUCUUCAAAGGUAGACGAGGACAAGAGGACGAGUAAUAAAGAACGUCCAAUCUCCCGAGCAAGCCGUCGGAGCCGAUCCCCCAUCAUUCGCCGUUCUCGGAGCCGUUCGGGAAGCCGAACACGCAGCAGAAGUCGAAGCCGAUCAAGGAGUUACAGCUUAUCAAUCAGCCCUGACAACAACAGUAGAAGCGAGUCGGAAAGCAGCGACGAAAGUCCAGACAAACAGAGGGGGAAGAAUAAACGACGACGAAGCCCGGCCCGAGGAAGAGACGACGAAAAACGAGCGCGACCUCGGAAAUACGACGGCGAGUACGUCCGAAAGAAGGCGAGAUCCGAUGGAUUUAAUAGUCAUCAACGGGAAAAGAUGCGUGAACGAAGUAGGUCACCUCUCUCUCAGAGCCGGAGUCGAUCGCGAAGUCGAAGUCCAUUGAAGAGAUCGCGCGGGAAAUAUGAACAAGGGCGAGAAAAGAAAAAGCGAGAAGACAGGCAUCGUGACCGGAAUGGAGUGGACUAUCGGAGCUCAAGGAAUAAAGGACGCGACCAUCGGCAUCGGAGAUAACGCGCGUAUAAUUUUGUAUCUUGUGUACAUAGACAAGCAGUGUAUAUAACAUGUUACGAGUCUCUGGCGCACCUCAGUGUGUCUCAUGUUCACAUCUAGGACCAAUACUUCAUUAACGCUUCCUAAGAAUCAUGUUAGAAAUCUUGUUAAUUAAAAAAAAGAGAUUGGACGAAAAGCACCGACACA